AUGUUCGGAUUCCGCAAGACCCUCGACAUCGUCACUGUCUUCCACAAGGCGAGCUCCCCCGCCUCUGUGAGGGUUGUCAACCUCCUCAAGCAGGUGUCGGCCAACGCCGCCGCCGGCGCGACUGAGGACCAGGCCAGCGACCACAGCGUCCAAACGAGCCCCAAGACGUCCCGCGCCGACUUUGAGCUCAACAUCACCGAAGACCCCCCAACAGCCGACCAGGUUAAGACCAUCCUAGAAUACGUCGGAAAGAGCAAGAUCCCAUCAAUCAUCAAGGGUGCUUCCACUGAGCAGGAUGCCCUGAAGAAGUUCCAGCAGAACGCCGAGGUUUUUCAAAGACCCGUGACUGUGGAUUGGAACAACGGCAAGGCUGUCUCUGGUGAGAGUGAAUCUGAGAUUCUCAAGAUGAUUAACGCCUUGAGCAAUGAGAAGAGCUGA